AGAAUUGAAUCGGUCUAGAGGGGGGCUGGGCCACUUGCAGCUCCAUUCUUUUCAACAGUUAUUCCAUUUCCCCAAGGCCAAGCACAUCCUAUUAAGGGCAUAAUCGUAAGUCCAUACUCCAAAUCCCAGAACUGGAUUGGUUCCCAAAAUUGGGAUUUCCUGAUAAAACCAAAGCAAUCUGUCAAAUUCUUUUUUAAGGUUUUCUGUCUUAACACGACAAUCAACAAAACUGCUUUCCAUUUUUCCCUUUUUGUCUGUGUGUUUGAGGGUUCAGUCAAUCGAAGAAGAUGAUGCACAUGACCUUGUACUGGGGAAAGGACGUGACUCUGCUCAUCGAUUCCUGGAAGACUGAUUCAUGGCUGAGUUACCUCCUCACUUUGCUUGCUUGUUUUCUCUUCUCUUCCUUUUACCAGUACAUGGAAGAUCGACGCCUCCGUUUCAGAUCCCUUGCUUCCUCCAACCCAUCCCCGCCUUCCUCCGCCGGCGCUUCUGUUCCUCUCCUCCCCAAAUACCGCCGCUCCGCUAAAUUCGCGACGGCCUUGCUCUUCGGGAUCAAUUCGGCUAUCGGGUAUCUCCUGAUGUUGGCCAUCAUGUCUUUCAACGGAGGCAUUUUCUUGGCUAUUGUUUUGGGACUGGCUGUUGGGUACCUGGUUUUCAGGUCCGCCGAUGACGAGACCGUGGUGGUGGAGAACGUUUGCGCCUGCGCUUAACGCUUCCCCCGCUUUUUUGUCCCACAAAGCUAGCAUAGUAUUUUUCUGUAAUUUGUGUACUCUACCAGUAUUCCCUGUUCUUGAAUCGUAUAGUAAUUGUGUUUUGCCUUGUUAUAAAUCAAUUAUCCUUGUUGUAAA